AUGGAAAAACUAUCGAGUUUACUAAUCGAUCGUCAAUCGAAAAUAGAAAAUUUGGAAAAAAAAAUUUUCCAAUUGGAAGACGAAACGGAAAAAUUGGAAAAUACAAGCAAAGAAUUAGAUGUAAUACGUAACAAUUCGAAAGAAUUAGAAGAACAGAUAAAAAAUUUGAAAAAAAAUGUCGAUAAUUUUGAAAAAGUUCACGAGAAUUUAAUGAGUCAAACAUCGAAUAACGAAACGGAAUUUAAAAAACUCCGUGAAAAAAAUAAAUUGAUGGAAAUUGAAAAUGAUAAAUUGAAAAUGUCUUCGGCAAACGACAAAGAUUCCCUAUUGAUAAAAAAUAAAAUAAUCGAAGAUCAACAGGAAACGAUAAAACAAUUGAAAGAAAAAUGCGAAAAAAUAAAAAGCGUCACGACGAAAAAUCAAUCCUUGGAGAGAAUCAUCGAUUUGGAAAGAGCUGAAAAAUUAGAACUACAAGAUGCUUUAGAGGAACUCAAAUGGAAAAAAGAUGAAUUGAAAAAAAAAGUUAAAAUUCUUGAAAAUGAAUUAAUGGCGACUCCUCGCGAUGUCGUUCAAGACCUUCAAAAAACUCAAGUUGUUCUUCACCAAUUAGAAAACCAAGUUCAAACCAAACAAAAAGAAUGGGAAGAACAUUUACAAUCUUUACAAAAAGAAAAAGAACAGGCUUAUUACAUAUCAAAGUGA